CUCAAACUCAACAACUUCAACAAAAAAAAAAACAAAAAACACAAUGUUCGGCGUUGUCUUCCCAAACCGGAGUUUCCCAAUCGACACAUCAACCUUCACUCAAAUCGACACUCUCCACUGGAUCCUCGACAUGAACCACUUCGUCGGCGAAGCAUACGACCAAAUCGGAGACCUCUGCAUCUUCCUCCUCAACAACUUCACUCUCCCACCCGACAAAGCCCUCGCCGUCUACCUCCAAUCCCCCGGCUCCGCCUUCUCCUUCUGCGGCGCCGUCACCCUCUCCCGCCCCUCCGCCGUCCUCUCCCUCAACUGGCCGGAGCCCGGAAGCGCCGCGCAGAUGCAGCUCACGGCGGGAGACUCGGCUCCCUUGUCGGCCAAGAUCGGGAUCUCGGUGGAGGACGCGGCGGCGCUUCCGUCGCUGGACGUGGCGGCGGAGAGGAGGAUCGAGAGGCUGGCGAUGAGGGUCGGGGAGAAUCUGUUUAACUUUAUGCAGUCGUUUUGUGGGGUUGAUGGGAGUAAGUUGGUGGUUCCGAUGGAUAUUUUGGAUCGGUGGUUUAAGAAGUUUCAGGAGAGGGCGAAACGUGAUCCUGGUUUUCUUAAAAGCUUUGCUUUGUAAUAAUGUGUUUUUUUUUUGGAAAAUCCUCAAUGGUUAGGUUUUUGUUUAGCUUCACUGUGUUUUGUACGAUGAAUUGAAGCAGAGAUUGUAGUGUACUUUUGGUUUGGUAAUGAGA